AUUAGGGUUAAAAUUUCAGCUUUCUCUUUCACAAAUCACAAAACUAUCACUGUCACUGUGGUCUCCAUCUCCAUGAACACACCUCGUUCGAAGAAGUUGCCGCCGCGCACGCAUCUCCCCGACGAGCUGACUGCGGAGGUCCUAUCAUGGCUUCCGGUGAAAUCCCUGAUGCGACUGAGUUCCGUCUGCAAAUCCUGGAACAAACUCAUCACCUCCGAUCAAACCUUCAUCAAAUCACACCUUGACCGAUCGGCAUUGCGCAACCCCCAACUCUUGUUAGAAUGUGAAGACUCAAACCACCACCCCCACCGUGGUUUCUGUGUCACACAAGUGUCAGGUUUAGCUGGUGCUGACCCAUGGAUCUCGCUUGCCCAUAACCCUCGCCACCGAUUGAGGGAAUAUUUUGACAGCUACGACGUCGUCGGUUCUUGCAAUGGGUUGAUAUGCUUGGAAGUUUUUCCUUAUCGCGCUAGCGUUGGACAUGGAUGGGUACAUAUCUGGAACCCAGCCACAGGGUUAAUGUCUGAAAGAUUAGUGUCGUUUUGCUAUGGAAGAAGAUAUUUCAGGUACAAGAUGAACUUCUGUUAUGAUAAUUCAACCAACACUUACAAGGUGGUGUACUUUAGAAUUGAUAAAACAGAUAGAGCUUCACAUGUCCAAAUCUUCACCUUGGGUGGUGGUUCUAAUGGUUGGAGAGACAUUCAAAAUUUCCCACUGCUUCCAUUUAGCUAUGAUGAUUCGGGUGUAAAUGAUGGGGCGCAUUUGAGUGGCACUAUUAACUGGAUGGCAUCUCGUCGUGAUGAAUCCGCGCCUCAUUAUAAUCCAGAGACUAUUACUGUUGAACAACUUGUCAUCCUUUCACUUGAUCUUGGGACCGAGACGUACACCCUCUUGUUGCCGCCUAAGGGUUUAGAUCAAGUGCCUUGUGUUCUGCCAAGGGUUUGGGUUUUCAUGGACUGUCUGUGUUUUUCUCAUGACUCAAACAAAACUCAUUUUGUUAUAUGGCAGAUGAACAAGUUUGGGGAUGCAGAGUCUUGGGUUCAAAUUUUGAAAAUUAGUUAUCAGGAUAUUCCAAUGCGUCGCCUUUCACCAUUCACUCAUCAUAAAGAGUGUUUCCUUCAUCCAUUAAGUUAUGCCUAUCGAUUAUUUUACAAUGGUGAUACACUGGUAUUGGCGGUUGGUCGUCAAGCAAUACUCUAUAACAGGAGCUCCAACACAUUUGAGCAACCUACAACUACAAAUAGAGAAUUUUGUCGGUACAAAUUUUCUUGGUACUUAGCCUUGGAUUAUGUUGAAAGCUUGGUUUCGCUGUAUUAAGAGUUGUGCUUGAUGGUAUCAGUAGAGAUGCGAAUGCUCCGGCAGAUGCCUUGGCGCGAGCAGGUGCUUCUUUUUCCCUAGCUUGUGUGCGGAGCUUGGAGAGGCCUUUGGUAGAACUGGAACCUUUACUGCUUUGGGAUUCUCGGUUCCCUAUUUAGUGUUGUUUUUUCUUGUAAUUUUCCGUAGUAGCAAAAAAUAAAGUAUGUGGAUAUUAACUUGGAGUUGGUUUCUGAGGUUGGCAGCCUGUGUUAAGUUGAAGAAUUCAUCCUAAUAAAACUUGUCCUGAACUAAAACUAGCGAGAAAUCUGAUCUUAACAAUCGGAUUAUUUUAUCUAUAUUUUGUCCGCCCAAGAGAGCAUUCUUUUUUGAUCAA